CAGUCAGACUUCUUGGUUAUUCAGGUUGUCAGUAUUGGUUUCCCCCGCUUGUUACCUUCAGUUCAUUUUUUCUGUACGCAGUAUUAAAGGUUUGUGUGUGAGGAUGCCGAACUCUGAGAUCCAAAGCCAGCCUCUUCUGCCAGCCCCCACCCAGCAGGCCGAGAUCAAUGGACAGGGUGUCCGCCCCUCCCGAGCCUAUAAGGUGGCCGGGUUGACCCUGUUGGCCUGCGUCCUGAUUGUGGGCCAGGCGACGAUCGCCUACUUCCUCUUCAGUCAGCAGGGUGACAUCAAGUCUCUGAAGGUGCAGAAUGAAAACCUGAACUCAAAACUGAGUAAUGGAAGAUCUGUUGCUGGGUCUGUGCGGAUGCACAUGAACGCCUUUCCCAAACUGUUGGAUCUGACCACUGAGGAGGACUCCACCGAAGUCCAAGAAAAGAAAGUCCCUCGUGAGGCCACUCAGUGCCACUUGGAGGCGGCAGGUGUGAAACCUGUUGAGAUUCCAGGUUUCCAACCGGAUUGUGACGAGCGCGGCCUCUACCGUGCGCAGCAGUGCCUUCUGGAGAGCUGUUGGUGUGUGGACACGGCUACUGGCCAAGAGAUCUCUGGAUCUCUGACCAAAGGACCAGCUAGCUGCGGUGCACCGGUCUUCACUGCAGGCAGCAGGGGCAGAAUGAUGCGUAUGCCUGAUGUAGCUGCCUGAUCCUGAGCUGAUGAAAUCUCCUCCCGAGAUGAGCGACAGUUCAACUCCAAAUCAAGACAAUUUGACAUCUCUUUCCACUUUUAAUCACCAUCAUAGCUGUAGUACUUGAUAAGCUAAUUGUGUUUUAUGUACUGCUUAAAAAAUAAUUACCAUGUAUCUGCUUGCUAUCAUCUAAUCCAGGGGUGUCAAACUCAAGACCUUGCAAAGAAUAUAAUAUGUUUAUUAUACGGUUACAUGGGGAUUUACAGAAGCACGUUGCCCAUAAACUACGUGUCCCACAAUGCAUCUCAAAUUUGACUUUUAUCCUAGAAUUUGACUUUUUCUCAGAAUUAUAUUUUCUUUUCUUCAAAAUGUUAGUUUUUUUUUAAAUGUAAUUUUUUUUUCAAAAUGUCACUUCUUUUUUUUGUUUUUCCAGAAUGUGGCGUUUCUUUUUAAAUAAUUUUGUGACACUCACUGAAGAGACUUGCAAUUAUUUGCCCUAGACUUCUGCUUUCAGGCGCAGUUAAUUAUGAAGUUAUUAGCCUAUCCGAUAAUAAACCAAUGCAGAGGCAAUCAUGUAAUAUAAUACAUUAUUUUAUUUAUAUUACAUAUGUAUUUUUAUAUAGUCUUAAAGUUACAACCGGCCCUUUGAGUGCAAUCAUGCUGAUGAGGCCCACGAUGAAAUUUAGUUUGACACCCCUGAUCUAACCAGUUUUUUUGCUACUAUUAUAUUGACUUUUGCUAUUGAUUGCACAUUAUGUUUUUUUAAAUGACUUAUAUAGGUUAAGGAUUUGAAUAAGCAUGUUGUAUUUUAUAAGAUAUAAAUGUUGUUUUAUUCAGAUUUUGUUCCAUUUUGGUUUAAAAGUUUGUAAAGACAUUUUUAGAUUUCAAUCCUUGUCACUUUGAUCUUGUACGUUUGGCCAAAUUAAUUAAAAUGUUAUUAAAAAUAUUGACUCUUUAGGGCUAUUAGAAACCAGGAAUACUCAACGUAUGAGACGAUUGUAAACUGUAUUCUCCCCAUUUAUUUGGACAAACGAAAUAAAACUCUUAAAGAUCAA